AUGCUCCGCGUCGGUCUCCAGCGCGCCCGCAUCGGCCUCGGUUGCCGCGCGUUGGCUUCGUCGCCCGUGACGCCGAUGCUGCGGCAGUACCUCGAGCGCAAGAAGGAGUACCCUGAUUGCCUUUUGCUCUACCAAGUCGGCGACUUUUACGAGCUCUUUGCCGACGAUGCGCGCCGCGCGUCGCACCUCUUGAACCUGGCGCUGACGCGCAAGGCGAAAUCCAAGCAAGCGCACGACAUGGACAUCAUGUGCGGGUUUCCGAUCGCGUCGCUCAACUCGUACGUCGAGAAGCUUGUUCGGCACCACGGCGAGAAGGUCGCCAUCUGCAACCAGACCGAGUCGGCGACGGCCGCCAAGCAGCGCAAGGGGGUCGGCGUCCAUGCGCUCGUCCAGCGCCACGUUGUGCGGGUGGUCACGCCCGGGUCGCUCACGGACGACUCGAUGCUGCACGCCGGCCAAAACAACUACCUCGCGGCCAUGACGCACCUCGGCGAGUCGCUUGAGCUCGCGUGGACCGACGUUUCGACGGGCGAGUUUCAUCGCUUGGCGACGACAUUGGACGAGCUCGAAAGCGAGCUUUGCCGCCUCAACCCGACCGAGAUGCUCCUCCCGAUCAACGCCGCGGCGAGUGCAACGGAUGUUUUCUGGCAGCUCGUCGAGGCCAAGUUGCCCGCACACUGUCUCAAGACGUACCGACCGGCGUCGGCGUCGGCGUCGGCCAUGAUCACCGAGUACCUUCGGUACACGCACCUCCAGACGGACGCACCGGAAAAUGCCUCGGCGCUGCAGCCGCGCAUGCUCAUCGACGCCAGUGCGUGGCGGUCGCUCGAGAUCACCAAGUCGAUGCACGGGACCAAGCAGCACAGCCUUUUGCAAGCCGUUGAUAAGACCAAGACGGCGGGUGGCGCGCGGCUCCUGGCGGCACACCUCUCGGCGCCGCUCGUGCGCGUUGAUGACAUUACCAAGCGUCAAGACGCCGUGUCGUGGCUGCUCCAGGAUACCCACGGUCUCUCCAAGCUGCGUCAUAUUCUGCAGGAGUGCGGUGAUAUUGAGCGGAGCCUCCGCCGUCUUGCGAUGGGCAACGGGACGCCGAAAGACCUCAAGCGAAUUAGUGACACGGUGCUCGAGAGUCAAGCGCUGGCGCACUACUUGCGGGACGGCCCGCGCCACUGGCCGUGCGAGCUCAUUACGAGUCUCCGAGACGCCUUUCAUGUGCCCGAAGUCGUCGCCAUGGCCAUCAACGUGCAAGCGGCGCUCGUCGACGACAUGACGCAACUCAACCAAAAGCACGAUUUCAUCCGCGCCGGGUAUUCAAGUGAAUUGGAUAAAUGGCGCCGUCUCUGCCACGACUCGGUGACCGACCAGAUUCGAGACCUCCAACGCGAGUACCAGACGCUCACGGGCGUUGCAAAGCUUCGCGUGGCGCGCAAGAAGCAGCACGUUGGCUGGUGUGUCGAAGUGCCCCAAGACACAUCGCCGCCGCUCGCCCCGCCCCACUUUCAGCUGAUCCAAACGACAACCAAGACGCUUCGGUACCGGUCACCUGCCCUCGAUAAGCUCAACUCGGAUGUGUUUCACGCGUUGGACCAGAGUGUCGAGGUCGAAGAAGCGCUCUUCAAGGAGCUGCAAGGCCGUGUCUUGGCGGUGUCUACCGCCAUUGAGGCCUUGGGCGACGCGUUGAACCAGCUCGAUGUCGCGGCCAGUCACGCCCAGAACGCGUUGGACCACCAACUGGUGCGACCGACGUUGUCAGCCACGUCUGCCGACAUGCACAUUGUCGAGGGGCGUCACUGGGUCGUGGCGUCGGCUCACGAAGCCAACUUGCGCGCGUUCGUCCCCAACAGCUUGCAUUUUAGCUCCGACGACUCGUGCUGGAUCGUCACGGGGCCCAAUAUGGGCGGGAAGAGCACGUUUCUGCGACAGACGGCUCACCUCGUGCUCCUUGCGCAGAUGGGCAGCUUUGUACCUGCUGUGAGCGCGCACAUUGGGAUCGUCGACCGCCUCUUUAGUCGGGUGGGCGCGUCGGACGAUCUCGCGUCCGAUCGGAGCACGUUUAUGGUUGAAAUGCAAGAGACUGCGACGAUUCUCAAGCAGGCAACGAAUCGGUCGCUCAUCCUGAUGGACGAGGUUGGCCGCGGCACGUCGGUGCAAGACGGCGUCGCCAUCGCCCAAGCCGUGGUCGAGGAGCUCCUUCGGCGCCAGAGCCGGACGCUCUUCGCGACCCACUUUACCGAACUUAGCAGCAUCUUUGCCAACGCGCGAGCCGUAUCGUUCCACCACAUGCAAGUCGCUCGCCACAAGUACGUCGCAAAUCGAGCAGGUCUGAUCUUCUCCCACCGCGUCGUGCCUGGCGUCGCCAAAGAAUCGUACGGUGUCGAAGUCGCCGCCCUCGCCGGCUGCCCCGCCAACGUCGUCGAGCGGGCGAAGGCACUCGUGCAGCGCCAAAAAGAUGCACUUGCCUCGGCGGCAGAGACCCCGUAGCUUUCGUCGGGCCACCUGCGACGUGUUUGUUCGUGCGACGGGGCCGUCGUACGCUGCCACGAUUGCCAUGGGCCUUGACGCCGGCACCACGAAGCGCAC